GUCAGAUGGAAGCAGUUUCUCUUUCAGACACUGGAAUAAAUGGUUUGACUAUCAGAUAAUCAAUGGUGGUCAAUGUGCCAUGACUAAGUUUGAUGAUGGAGGCAGAUGGAGGAAUGAGAACUGUGAUCAAAGAAAACCCUUCAUCUGUUAUGAUGAUAAUGUGAUCCUGAUCAAAGAAAAUAAAACCUGGGAGGACGCCUUGACCUACUGCAUAGUUCAUCACCAUGACCUGGUCACCAUCACCAACAUGGAUGAUCAGAUAUCAGUCCAGCAGGAAGCCCAGUUUGCAUCGACUGAUUAUGUCUGGAUGGGUCUGCAUUACGCCUGGUCUCUGGAUUUGUGGUUCUGGGUCAGUGAUGAGGUGGUCAGCUAUCAGAACUGGGCCUCAGGUGAACCGAUGGAUGACUGUGACAUGUCUGGAGCCAUGGAGACGGGAGGAGGAUACAAGUGGAGGAAGAAAAGAGAUCUUGAGAAGUUUAAUUUCAUCUGUUCUAAGUAG